UACAUUAUUUUAUCACGCCACCGCUUUAUCCCCUUCUUCUCGUGCUCCUCUCUCUCUCUCUCUCUCUCUCUCUCUCUAUCUGUAUCUACACAUUAGCUUCAUUUCGAGCAACAAUUUCAACCCCAUGAUAAAAUCCCAACAACUAUUCUCUUAAAUCAUGUUAUAAAAGACCUAUUAAAUCAUAUCCGAUUCAGUCCAAACUGUUUUCUUCUUGUAUUUGCGAGGAUGACGAGGAAGUGUUCGCAUUGCAGCCACAACGGGCACAAUUCUCGGACGUGUCCCAAUCGAGGGGUGAAGCUGUUUGGAGUCCGAUUGACUGAUGAGUCGAUCCGAAAGAGUGCGAGUAUGGGGAACUUGACCCAUUAUAUGAAUGGUGGAACUGGGACUCCCCAAAACGGCGUUGCUCAAGAUUCUACGGGCGAAACCCCAGAUCACGCCUCCGGCGCUGCUGACGGCUAUGCCUCCGAUGACUUCGUUGCUGGGUCAUCUUCCAGCCGAGAAAGGAAGAAAGUUAUUUUAUUUUCAGGCAUUCCAUGGACUGAAGAGGAACAUAGGAUGUUUUUGCUUGGUUUGCAAAAGCUUGGCAAAGGUGAUUGGCGAGGAAUUGCACGAAAUUUUGUUAUCUCUAGAUCGCCUACCCAGGUGGCUAGCCAUGCCCAGAAAUAUUUUGUCAGGCAAUGUAGUGUUUCUAGAAGAAAAAGACGUACCAGCCUCUUUGAUAUUGUGGUAGAUGAAUCGGUUGACACUCCAGUGAUAUCAAGAGAUAUUUCUGCAGUGGUGCCCCCAGAAGCUGAGAUGCAGAGCAGCACCCACCCACCUCCUCCCGCUGCAGAUGAAGAAUGUGAAUCGAUGGAGUGUGCAAAUUCCAAUGACGGUGAAACCAUGCUUCCUAAGUCAGUGGGCUCACAAUACACUUACCCAGUUGUUUGUCCAGCUUAUGUCGCUCCGUAUUUUCCUCUGUCCUUUCCCUUUUUGCCGGGCUACAGUAUGGAGCCAGUGAAGGAAGAAACCCAUGAAGUGGUUAAGCCAACAGCUGUUCAUUCAAAGAGCCUCAUUAAUGUUGAUGAGCUGAUAGGUAUGUCAAAACUAAGCAUAGGGGAAUCCCUUGGUGAUGCGGGAAAAUCUACCCUCUCUCUUAAAUUGGUUGAAGGCUCUACAAGGCCUUCUGCCUUCCAUGCAAAUCAUGCUUCGGGAGGGUCACGCAUGAACUCGAGCCACAGUCCUAUCCGUGCUGUUUAAAAAGAAAAAAAAAAUGCAUUAUCAUCCAGAGUGCUCAAGAGAUCUCCUGUUAAUAGAAAGACAAUAGAGUAUAGAGCUUUGGGGUAAGUUACAGUUUUUAUCUGUAUAGUGUGUUUAUAAAUUUUGGAUUUGGAUAUAAUGUUCGUAAGUGGCAAAAACCUCUUGGUCGAACAAUUCCUGCUUCCUAGCUUGAUUUUCUGUUAUAUUCUACUUCUGAGAUAUUUAUUCUGUGCAUAGUUGGAGAUCAAAAUUUUAUGAUCA